AUGGAGACUACCACCGAGGCCACGGGGAAGGAGACGGACAAGAAGAGGAAGAAGGGCUCGCGAGAGUUUGACUGGACCAAAGCCACGUUCGGCCACUACGUCUUGAAGCUCGCCUAUGUAGGCACCAAUUACCAUGGGUUAGCCUGGCAAGAGCCAAGCACUUGCCCAACUGUCGAGGCUGCACUCUUUGAAGCAUUGCAGAAGACCCGACUCGUGAAGGAUCGGCAAAGCUGCAACUUUUCCCGCUGUGGGCGGACGGACAAGGGAGUCCACGCGGCCGGCAACUAUAUCUCGCUGAACUUGAGACUGAAGCCUGCUUCCCAGUCAGGGAGUGAAGGCUUCGACUACCCAAGCAUUUUGAAUGGCGUGCUGCCGCCUGACAUCAGGAUACUGGCUGCGGCACCCGCGCCCAGCGGCUUCGAUGCUCGCUUCAGCUGCCUGUUCCGAGCCUACCAAUACUACUUCCCGCAUGCUGGAGAAGACCUUCAGAAAAUGCAGGAAGCAGCAGCACACUUCGUGGGCGAACACGAUUUUCGAAAUUUUUGCAAGAUGGACGUCGAGAACAUCACGAACUACCGCCGAAGGGUGCUGUCCGUGUCUGUUCGCUUGGUGAGUGAUGGCGUGGCAGAGUUUGCUGUGACUGGCCUCGCUUUCCUAUGGCAUCAGGUUCGUUGUAUGGCGGCGGUGCUUCUGCUCGUAGGGCAAGGCCUGGAGACGCCGAGCGUCGUUGAGGCACUUCUGGAUGUGGAGCGCUGCCCACGAAAACCGCUGUACGAGCCCGCCGAUGAGUCUGGUCUGGUGCUCCGCGACUGCGGAUUCGAGGGGGUAGCCUUCGCUCCUAGCACCCCAAAGCCGGCAGGAGAAUCAGGCCUGCCAACUCCUUCGAGCGCCGCAGACACCUUUCGGAGCCUCCGCGACCGGCAGUUGCGCGCCUUUGCGGUUGCAAGCUGCAUGCUGACUGCCUGCGGUGGUGAGCCGACGGGCCGCGAGCGCGAGGGCAAGCGGAAGCAUGUGCCGCUGCUCCAGCGCCCCGGAUGUCCCACCCUGCAGGAGAAGCAAGAGGCCUUCGAAGCGCGGCGGCAGCGGCGGAAGCCCACCGAGGCUGAGGAGGCCAGGGAGUGA